GGGACCCAAUAAAUAAUCCAUAUCCACCAACUCUGUCGUGUCUCUUUUUUACUAUUGCAUAAUGUCGUCGAUUUCAUAUCAUUGUCGUUAUUUACUCUAAUUGAAUAAGUGUCCAUUAACAUUAUUAAUCAUGUUUUAUUCUUUGAAACUAACAAACAAAAGAACAAUAAUUGGUAAACAGUGUUUUCAGUGGAAUUUAUAAUCCCAGUUAAUGCAAUGCAGUUCCUCACUCUGGUCAGGUGGAAUAUAAACUCUGCUACAAAACAAAACAUGUAUUCAAUUUCAUGCAGAGUGAAUCAGUUGCAUAACGUUAGUUGCUCGCAUCUUUCACUCUUUCAUGUUCGAAGACCUCCAAUCUAUGUACCAUGCUCGACCAACCUUUCUUCUAUAUUCUCAAUUCCUUCGGGUUCACACUUCCUAAGAAAGUACAGGAGCUCCAAGUUUCUUCUCAAAUGCGCGUCGCUAAACUCUUCAGGUUCCCUGACACCUGAUCCAAUCCCACAGAUAAUGAAUCAAAAACCAAUGUCUAUUUUGGAGAUUCUAAAGCAAGCAAAUUCAAUUCUACCUUAUGUAGUCCUUGCUAGCACACUGGUAGCACUAGUCUUCCCACCUUCUUUUACGUGGUUUACCAGCAGAUACUAUGCUCCUGCACUAGGAUAUUUGAUGUUUGCAGUUGGAGUUAAUUCAAGUGAAAAGGACUUCCUUGAGGCAUUUAACAGGCCAGCAGAACUUGUCACUGCUUAUGUUGGUCAGUUUGUGGUGAAGCCUCUUCUUGGAUAUCUUCUUUGCAUAAUAUCAGUAAAUUUAUUUGGUCUACCAUCAGCGAUAGGCGCAGGAAUUGUAUUGCUGGCUUGUGUUAGUGGAGCACAACUCUCAAGUUACGCUACUUUUCUAUCAGAUCCACAAAUGGCACCAUUAAGCAUAGUUAUGACAUCGUUAUCCACUAUUUCUGCGGUUUUUGUCACGCCACUCUUAUUAUUGUUUUUUAUCGGGAAGAGACUUCCUAUUGAUGUAAAAGGAAUGGUGUUUAGUAUUACUCAAAUUGUGCUUGUUCCUAUUACAUUUGGUCUACUUUUAAAUCGAUUCUACCCUAAUAUUUGUAAUGCUAUUCGGCCGUUUUUGCCUCCACUAUCAGUAUUGGUUGCAGCUCUCUCUGCAGGAGCACCACUCGCUCUUAACAUCAAAUCCGUUAAAUCCCCCUUUGGGUUUUCUAUCCUUUUGCUUGCUGUUGCUUUUCAUUUGUCAUCUUUCGUUUCUGGUUAUAUUCUUAGUGGAUUCAUCUUCCGUGACUCACCUGAUGUGAAGCCACUGCAGAGAACAAUUUCCUUUGAGACAGGAAUGCAAAGUAGUCUCCUUGCCUUGGCUCUAGCAAAUAAAUUCUUUGAAGAUCCCGUUGUCGUCUCCGCUUAUGUCUUUGAUGGGAUUUUCUCUUGUUCUGAUUUGGUCGAAAAUAAAGAGCAAGAAAAAACAUGGCAGCUGAAGAAACUGGUUCAUCUUAUGUAGUAUCACAUUGUACUUGGAGAACUCAUAGUUAGACCAAAGGAGUUAGUGUACUAACUGAUGAGUGGAAUAAAUUUAGCUAAAAAUUCCAAUCCAACCACUUAGCAUAAUUAAAAAUAUCAUUAUUCUGAGCUUUCUAAAGGACCAAAAAUAUAUUAUAGUGAAUUUCUUUUCUCAGCUCAGCACUUCUCAGAUGUCCCUCUGGUUUAACAGGAUUUUAGAAUCCAUCUGGACGUGUAAAAAUGUUGCAAAACCCUCCCUAUUUUACACGCGGAAUUUUAAAAUCCCGACAAAUCAUGAGUCAAUGAGAUGUGUAUAGGAUAGAAAAAGAAACCGUCUAAAUUGUAAGCAGAAAACCAUGAGACCCAACCCAAUGGAAUGAAGCUGUAACCAAUCCCUGUCAUUCAUGUUAGCCUGCUGAUUGAAAUGAAAAUUGAGCUUGUUCCAAAUGCUAGAUGCCUUCUUCGAUUAUUUAUUCCUUCAAAGUAAAUUUUAUGUAGCUUUUUAUUUUUAUA